UGAGAAACGCCCCUCCGCCCCGGCCUCCGCCUGGAGUGUCUUCAGUCUCCGAGUUUCCCUGCCCGCCUCGAGGACUCCGGGGGGUAAAGGCGGGGCCGAGGCCCCAGGAACACCCCCUCCCACGCCUCUUUCAGCCCGUGGUCGGCCCGGCAGGGAUGGGCGGCGAGAUCUGGCUGCCCUUCCCGGUGGUGCUCUUGGGCGCUCUGCUGCUGCCGGGGGCGGCCGGCUUCACGCCCUCCUUAGACAGCGACUUCACGUUUACCCUUCCGGCGGGCCAGAAGGAGUGCUUCUACCAGCCCAUGCCCCUGAAGGCCUCGCUGGAGAUCGAGUACCAAGUUUUAGAUGGAGCAGGAUUAGAUAUUGAUUUCCAUCUUGCCUCUCCAGAAGGAAGAACCUUAGUUUUUGAACAAAGAAAAUCAGAUGGAGUUCACACGAUAGAGACAGAAGUUGGUGACUACAUGUUUUGCUUUGAUAAUACAUUCAGUACCAUUUCUGAGAAGGUGAUUUUCUUUGAAUUAAUCCUGGAUAACAUGGGAGAACAGGAGCAAGAACAAGAGGACUGGAAGAAAUACAUUACUGGCACAGAUAUGUUGGAUAUGAAACUGGAAGACAUUCUGGAAUCCAUCAACAGUAUCAAGUCCAGACUAAGCAAAAGUGGUCAUAUCCAAACUUUGCUUAGAGCAUUUGAAGCUCGUGAUCGAAACAUACAAGAAAGCAACUUUGAUAGAGUCAAUUUCUGGUCUGUGGUUAAUUUAGUAGUAAUGGUGGUGGUGUCAGCCAUUCAGGUUUAUAUGCUGAAGAGUCUGUUUGAAGAUAAGAGGAAAAGUAGAACUUAAAACUCCAAACUUGGGUAUUUAACGUUGAAAAAAAGGACAGAAAAAUGCAAUAAACUAUUACAGUCGACUGUUAAUAGUCUUUUCCAAAACAUUUUCAGGCAUUAUCAUAAGUAAAUUUCAGUGUGAAAGAAAAGUCUUCACUGUCAUCUGUACAAGUAAUCUUAUUGUUCCAGUUGUACUUAAGUGUAUAACAAAUAACUUACAGGGUACAGAUACAAAUGAAUGAAGCCAUAUUAAUAACGGCAGUUUCCUAAUUUGAAAAAAUUUUGCAGUUGUCUUAGGUGAUUUAAAUAAAUGAACGUUGGGUCUAAAUGUAACCCCAGACAAUGUUUUUAAAAGAUUCUUUUACCCAGAAGUUUCUUUGUAAAUGUGGCAAUUAUAAAUUAAUUGUAGAAUUUUUCAAUAUAUUAAGUUAUAAGUCACCUGAGAAUUACCUAACCAUGGAUAUCUUCAGAAGACAAAGACUCAACUUUUUACAGGUAUCUCCUAUGAUGUAAAUACAAGCAUAGGUGUGAAAAACAGAUGGGAGAUUUUUUAUAACCAAGUAUGUUUCAUUUUAAAAAAUAAGCAGAAAGCAUUAGUUUUAUAUACUUAGCCUGUACUCAUAAAAGCUGACAUUUUGAAUAAUUCUUAAAAAUGCUGCCAAACUUAUUAAAAUUAGGACAGAUUUUCACUUUGAAGUGAAGAAGUUAAAGAUUGCUCUCAGUCUCCCUAAGGAUACAUUCUGUCUAGUCCUUAACUAAGAUACAGGAUCUUAAAAUUAAAUGUGAGGGAAAAUAAUUUUAUUUUUAUAUUACCAACAGUGUUAUGUUAGUUUUAACAUAUUUACUGACUUAGAUGAUACAUUAUUACCAGCAGUUGUGAAGGAAAUGUUGCUAAAAGGAUCUGGGCCUAAUAUAAAUAUCUCCUUUUUUGAGUUCUCAAAAUCAAUAAAAAAUAAAAUCAAUAUAAAAGAAAUUAGGGAAAUCUGAGAAUAUCCAGUCAAAAUAAAGUUGACUUAAACUAUAAA